UUUGUACACAUAAAUAAACAACAAACGUACGUAAGCAUCUGUUCGGUGUGGCCGGUUAAAUGAUUUCGCUCAUUUAGUGAAAGAAAGGAAAAUAUUCCGCUUAGUCUGUUGCCCGAAAAUAGUUCCAUUCGGCAAGGAUGGACAAGUCCGCGCCCGAGUCACCGCUGAAAAUGUUGCUCAACGCUGCACCCCGGCAGACGAGCACAUCGUUGGUGAAGCAACCUCCGCAGGCCGGGAUAUUGAUGCAAACACCUGUUCCUACGGGGCCACAGGAAGCAAUAAACUCGGUUCUCGUUAGAAACUGCGUAGCGACGGUAAGCGUGGGCUGCGAGCUUAACCUUACCACGAUCAACUUCCGGACGCGCAACUCGGAAUACAAUCCUUCCCGGUUUCACGGUGUCGUCAUGCGGAUACGGGAUCCACGCUGUACCGCACUAGUCUUCCGUUCGGGUAAACUCAUCUGUACCGGGGCGAAGAGCGAACAGCAGGCACACCUCGGUCUGCGAAAGUUCGUUCGCAUCAUCCAGAAGCUAGGCUACGACGUCAAGUUUCUCGACUUUAAGGUACAGAAUCUGGUGGCAACGGCCGAUCUGCGGUUCCCGAUACGGUUGGAAAACCUGAACCAAAUGCACGGCCAGUUUAGCUCGUACGAACCGGAACUGUUUCCCGGGCUAAUCUAUCGGAUGGUGAAGCCACGGGUGGCGCUGCUCAUAUUCGUGAACGGUAAGAUCGUGUUCACCGGUGCGAAAAAUCAGCGCGAAAUCAGCGAAAGCUUAGAGAACAUCUAUCCGAUUCUGCAGAGCUUCCGGAAGAAUUAAUUCCCAGUAAUUUUUUAUAAUUGAAUUAUCUUUUUGCGUGUGCUAGAUAGCUGAAUCGGAGCGUGCAUUUCAUUUAUAUUAAUUUCACGUGAUCAACCAUGUUUAAUAUUAGCUGUACGACAUUCUUUAUAAUAAAUCUGCCCCAUAUUUAACGUA